AUUAAUGCAAAAGCACGUCUUCGGUUCUCGUCGGCACUCGGCAGCAAUAGUACGUCUGCGGUCUGCUAUAGCCCCCCCGAUAUUGGCGAGAACCGUCUCUCGGAUGGCACUGCGUCGGUGGUGGUGGUUGGGCACUUGGGCAGCCGUACCUUUAUUAGUGGACGACGUAACGGAUAGCCGAUAACAGGUCGCAGCCACCUAUAAUAUAAGUACUGAGCGGUGAGCACUGCUGCACCUACGUGCGUAUCGCUGCAAUAGUGCAAUACGGCAGUGACUGCCUCGCACUUUCUACGGAGGCAGUACUCCGCAGGACCAUGUCGUCUGCCGAUUGCACGCACUCCUCCACGACUGUUGCCGCAUCGCACCGUCACCGCCGACCGCGUACGUUUUUAGGGCAACGCCAACGGAUAUCGGAUGCGACACGGCCAUGAUACUGUCCAUGUUAUAAUAGAAAUAUUGCCAAACAUAAAUAUCGUUACAGGUAUAUUGUAACUUACUCGGGCGGUACGUCUUCGGCAACCCUAAUCGAAUAUUGUGGUUUUCCAAUAGUUGUCGCGAUACAGCGUGCAUCACGGACACUGCCCACACGGCCACACGAUCUGCACACGUGAGUAUGGAUCAUUGGUUUUGAUUAGUGGAUCCGGUGCCGCGACUACUGUAUGACGGACGCGCGUAGAUUGUCACAUAUUACAUUGCCAUGACUCCGACGCAUGUAGGAGACGUUAAAAAUUCUGCCGCCGAGGGAUUGCCAGCAAAGUUUGUUCUGUCCAUGAGAACACUGUUCGACAUUUUGGACGAUAAAAGAACUGGAUAUGUUAAAUUUUCUGAAAUUGAGACGCGAUGGCAAGAUGAUGGUACAAAAGGUUUGCCAAAAGGUGUAUUAGAUAGUCUUCGAAAAGUAACUCCACCUAACGGUUUACUAUCUUUUGACCGUUUUUGUACUGGUUUAAAAAUGUGCCUACUUCGAAAUCAAAUGGAAAAUGGUCGUCGGGAUAAUGAUUCAGUACGACCUCCAUCAGCUCCACUUUUGGAUAUAGACAUUAAACCUAACGUACAAUGGACAAAUGGAAAUAUGGCUGCCAUUCGACCCACGCAGCAAAGAACUCUAAGUAUGCCACAAUUAGCUUUAGAGCGUAAUAGUAAGGAAGUACAUCAGUUACCACAAAAAUCCACAUCAUCGUCACUUUUUGGACCACCAAAACCCCCAAGAACUGCAGCAGGCUUAGAGCGAGGCCUACAGCUUGCUUCUGGUGAACGUAUUAUCGAUAAGGCUGAAAUAAGAACAGCCUUGCAAAAUUGGCAGUUGGGAGUGUUAUUAAAUGAUCAGAGCAGUUCUAGAAGUGAAAAACAAUCUGGAGAACAAACGUAUAAAAGAAUUAAUCAACGACGAAGAGAACCAAGACGCCAUACUCUCCAAAGUGGUGUAGAUUAUAAUAUGCUGAAAAGAAUAAAGCAAAUAGAACAGGAAAAAGAAGUUCUCAUGCAUGGACUUCAAGCUGUAGAAAGGGCAAGAGACUGGUACCAUAAGCAGAUAUCUGCUGUUCAAGAAAAAAUGAAAUACCUUGGACGAACAAAUUCACAUACACAGGACCAAUGGACUGAAGCACAACAGGAGCGUAUUGAAUUACAACGGGCUCGAGUCUUGGAGGUCAAUAGACAUUUGUCCGCAUUAACAGAUGGUGGUGAACGAUGGGGUGGUCUACCAUUGCACAUGAACUUAGCUGUGCAUUCAUCAAAUAAUCCUGGAACGAUGUUACAUCAAAAUCCUCAAGUAAUGGCUACAUUAAAACAUCGCAACCAUAUACUCACUGAGGAAUUAGGACAAAAAAGUGAAAGAAUUUCAACAUUAGAAAGAGAAAAGGCUACUCUUAUCAGAGAAUUAUUUCAAACGCGAACCCAGAUGGGACGUAAAUUAGGAAGAUUAGAUAGUAAACCUGAUGGCCAGUCAUAUAUACCAUAAGAAUUGGAAUCUGUUACCAAGUGCAAUAAAAAUAUGCACUGUUAAGAAAAACGGUGCUUGAAUAAAACAGAAAAAAAGAAAAAAUACCAUUAUUUUUGAGCUCAAUUUUAACAGGUACACAAUAUAUUAUUAUACUCUUUAUUCUGUAUUAGUACAGUACAAAUGGUAUUGUAAUGAUUGCCGGCCAUACCUCAAUUUUAUCCGUGUUAAAUGUUAUUUUUAAUUAGUCUAAACACAACUUUUUCUCAUUUAAUGCAGAACAAUUUUUAAUAAAAUAUUGUUUUACAUAUUUAGUUAUAGAAACAAUCAUGGUUUACAAUUAGGUACAGCUAUUUAAAUUUGUUUAUAGAGAAGUUUAGUGUCUUGUUAUAAAGUAUAUUAUGUAUUAAUUUUGUUUAUAAUAAAUAAUUUACUCAACUUGUUAACCCUUUCACUGCUCCAGACUAUUACGUUCAAUACAUUCACACCAUUCAAUGCUCCAGAUGUACUAUUACGUCUCUAUAUUUUUAAAUAUUCUCAUAUUCCGUUAACCGUACAAGUUUUGGAAAUCAUGGUUCUCAUUAUUUUAAACUUUAAUUAGAUCAUAAAGAUCUCAAAAUUAAAAUCUUCAAAAAGAAUUUAAAAAUUUUUAAAAAAAAACAAUAAAUAUUUUACUAUGUAGCAUAACACUGGUUGCAGUAAAAGAGUUAAUUAUGUAAAACUGCCAUACAAGUGAAGUAGUUCUCAAAAUAAUUUUGACAUAAGUUUCCGUCCACCUCUCUGUGAUGCCAAUAUUAUUCUGAUUUUAACCUGGAGAUUUUUAUGUGUAAUAACUGUUGCUAAAUUUUUAAUAUUUAACUUUAUAAGAUAACCUUAAAUUUGUUUAGAUAAUUUUGUGCCAUAAAUAUUUAAUGUACAAUAUUAAGUAACCUGAUGUAAAAUAUAAAUUUAUAUUAUUAUUAUAUUUUUUGGGAUAUGGCAAUUAUUAUGUUAUUACUUAUUUAAAAUUAAAUAAUAUUUUACAAUAUGUUGAUGUAUUUUUUUGAUUUUUAUACAUGAAAUGCUUUAGUUUAUGAACAUUGUUAAAUUUGUAUUUUUGUAAAAAUAAAAAAUAAAUAAAUUGUCGAAUUAAAA